UUUUCACUUUCGGUGCGAUUAAUCGUUACGACCACAACAAACGCACCAACAAUUUUCAGGGACUUCCAAAAUGGCGGAUCCGACGACGUCGCCCGAGGACCACAGCAAGCACUCGGAUGUGGCGUUCGGCGACAGCGUCUUCGACCCCGGACUCUUUGCUGACGCCACCAGGACGGGAAACGUGGUGUCGAGGGCCAACAGCAUCAGCUCCACAAGUGCCUCCUCUGUACCAAACACAGACGACGAGGACAGCGACUGCAGGCACGAAACGUCAUACAAGAACUCUUACAAAGAUCGGCGGAGGCAAGCGCACACGCGGGCCGAGCAGAAGCGGCGCGACGCCAUCAAGAAAGGCUACAAUGACCUGCAGUCGGUUGUGCCGACCUGCCUGCAGUCUGAAUUUGCGGUGGGGGCGCAGAAGAUCAGCAAGGCCACCAUCCUGCAGAAGACCAUCGAAUAUAUCAAGUUUCUUCACAAAGAGAAGAAGAAGCAGGACGAGGACGUUUCCCGACUAAGGAAAGAAGUGACGGCGCUCAAGAUCAUGAAAACGUUAAGUACCGUCAUUUCUGGCCUACAAGCCGCAACUUUUUUCACACGCAGUUUAUGGGGUGAUGCGGCUGAUUUGUGCAUUUUUUUUUCUAACGGCCGCAAGGGGGCACUCGAGGGGAAAAGGAACUACGAACAGAUCCUGAAGACGUACCAGACUCAUCCACAGCAGGGAGAAGAUCAGGUGUCGGACCAGGUCAAGUUCAACAUCUUCCAGAGCAUCAUGGACUCUCUCUUCUACUCCUUCAGCAGCUCCGUAUCCGUCAACAGCUUCCAGGAGCUGUCGGCCAGCGUCAUCAACUGGAUCGAGGAGCACUGCAAGCCGCUGAUGCUGAAGGAGUUUGUCGUCGGAGUGUUGCAGCAGAUCAACGGGCAGCUCUACUGAUUCAGGCGGUGACGGUACAAUGUCGAGAAUAUUCUCGCUGUUGGGGGGGGCGGACUUGACGUUUGCCUCAUUUUGAAGGUUUGAGCUCGUUUAAAAUGGUGAUAACAUGUCCGGUAGGCAAAUUAGACAUUUUCAAAAAUCUGACGAGAGAUUAUGUCGAAACACAGGUCUCAGGGUGUUAUCAAGCGCGACAGGUGUCAAGUGUGUGUGUGUGUGUGUGUGUAUUUUCUCACUCAGGGCUCACACCCUGCUCAAGAGAUCCUUUAUCUGAGUUUUUGGAGACCUCACUAAAAUGUGCAGAUGUGCCUAAUAUGGCCAGUGAGUGUACAUAGACAAUGUGAAGUCCGUAGCGAUGGCUUCACCGCAUCACCACCAAGGGCAGCCGCCUCGGUCCAGGGCAAUUCAGACAAUGCUUCAGGAUGUACAAAGAUAACUUGUCACUUCUAAGUGUCAGACUGCGAGCUCUCGUGUAGCACGAGCCUCUUUCACGCUGCGCUGCACACUUGUAAAUUAGCACAUCGGAGGCGUGAUGGUGGAGCCUCUAGGCAGAUGCCCGCCCGUUCAGAUACAAAAGCAAUUCCAAUGAAGUUGGGACCUCGCGUUAUACAAUAAAAACAGAAUACGACGAUUUGCAAAAUCAUGUUCAACCCGUAUUUCGUUGAAUUGAAUGUACAACUGCAAGGAAUUUGGGGAUUUCAUCAUCCACCAUAAUAUCACCGAAAGGUUCAGACUCUCUAGAGAAAUCACUGCAUUUAAGCGGCAAGGCCGAAAACCAACAUCGAAUGCCCGAGAAUUCUGAUCCCUCCGGUGACAUUGCAUUAGAAACCAAUGUCAGUGUGUAUAGAAUAUCGCCACAUGAGCUCAGGAACACUAGAGAAAACCAAUGUCAGUAAAUACAGUUUGCCACUAUUCCAUAAGUGCAACUUAAACCUAUACUAUGCAAAGCAAAAGCAAAAUUUAUCAAUAUCACACAGAAACAACGCCAGCUUCUCUGUGCCCGACCUCAUCUAAGAUGGACUGAUCCCGAGUGGAAAAGUGUUUCUGACGAGUCCACAUUUCAGAUUGUUUUUGGAAAUUGUGGAUGUCAUGUCCAUGGCCAAAGAGUAAAAGAACAAUCCAAACAGUUAUGGAUGCAGUUCAAAAGUCAGAAUCUGAUGGUAAGGGGCCAUGUUAGUGCCAAUCUCAUGGGUAACUUAAACAUCUGUGAAGGGACUUCAAUGUUGAAAGGUACAUGCAGGUUUUGGAGAAACAUGCUGCCAUCCAAGCAACAUCUUUUUCAUGGAUACCCCUGCUUAUUUCAGUAAGACAAUGCCAAACCACAUUCUGUAUGUUGCAGACGUAGUAAAAGAGUACUAAACUAGCCUCCUUGCAGUCCAGACCUGUCUUGCAUUGAAAAUGUACGGCACAUUAUGAAGUGUAAAAUACACCAACAGAGACUCCAGACUGUUGAACAGCUGAAGCUUUACACCAACCAAGAAUGGCAAAGAAUUCUAGCUCCAAAGCUUCUACAAUUAAUUAGUGUCCCCAGUUCCCAAACGUUUAUUAAAUGUUGUUAAAAGAAAAUAACAAAAAACAUGAUCCCGUCCCAGCUUUUUUGAAUGUGUUGCAGCCAUAGGAUUCAAAGUUUUCCCCCUUCACGAAGAAUUUUUUUGACCACCACCCCACCCACAGUCCCCGUGAGUACACCUUUAUAUAAUCUUUAUAAACAUUGUAGAAAGCACAAAAUAGAAAUACAGAUCGUAGGUCAUACGGUAGAGCAAAUACUCUGAGGGCAACACUGCCAUCUGCGCCAGUGGAUGUGCAAUUACACUUUAUUCUAGUAUGGCAAAUCAUGUUCUUCGGGGUCUCAGACGCCCCCACUGGCAUCUUUGCGCACCACUAUAUGAUAAACACAGUUGUAAUGUACUGUCUUCAAUUAAAUAUAAGUUGAACAUGAUUUGCAAAUCAUUGUGUUCUCUUUUUGUGUUUAACACAACAUCGCAACUUCAUUGGAAUUGGGUUUGCAGCGCUCGUCGUUGCAGGACAUUGCCGUCACCCUGGUGCAGUCACACUGGCGUUGCAGUUUCCCACAUUAAGAAAAUUGACGCUCGGCAAAAUCAUGCAGGGGCUUUUGACGCACUCAAACUUACAAACCAGCGACGGUCUGUCCCCGUUACACCUCUGAUACUACCUCGCGAGCUGGCUAAUUCCAGAGUUGACUAAAACCCCUCCUAUCCUAAAUCCAUAUCAUCACACAGGUAAGCGAGCGGGGAAAAGUCUUUGGCGGCCAGUGUGUAAAAGGGGGUAUACUUUUUUUUUUUUAACGAAAACCGGCAGGUGAUUUGUAAAUAGGUGACAGGAAGCUAAUUGUAAUGAUGACGCUGUACUUUAAUCACUUCAAAAUAAUUUCAUCAGAAAUGACUUGAACAAUCAUUUUUGUUGUUCAAACGCACAAAUGACAACUAAGCAGUUCUCAAAAGUAGCCGAACAUUUUUAUAGACAGGCAACACAGGAGCCUUCUUUUAGCUAACGCUUUUGAUAUUAGGGCUUAUGGUUUAUCAAAACAAAGACUUUGCAGGUGUUGAUUUUGUUCUGAUUUGACAAACAAGUCAACAGUUUGCCUCUCGCUCUGUUUUAACCAAUGGUGUGCCUCAGGGGUCUAUCCCAGAUCAUUACUGUUCAGUUUUGUAUCAACACAAGUCCACAUGCAGUUGAUAUUUUUUUGGAGUAAUAUGUAUCACCGUCACACUAGUCCAGUACUAUGGUCUGUUAGUUGUUUUUGAAGUGCUCCUUUCCUUAUUUAUUUCAGGCAAAAAAUAAAAAAAUGUGCCCUUAUUGAUUUUAAAUGAUUAUAUGCACUGUAUGUUAGCUUGUUUUUCAAUGUGCUGCUGCUUUCUGUCGGGGCCAGGAUAAUUCUGUAUUUGACAGCCUUUCCCGACGAAAUUAAAGUUUCUGUAAUAAUGAAGUGAAGUGAGCUGUCUACAUUUUUUUUAAAACACUGUACAGAAACGUUGACAAGAUACUCCCUAAAAGACACUUACUAAUUUAUACAUAUGGAAAAUUUAACAAGCUUUCCAGUAAUGCUGAAUGGGGAAAAUAAACCCAAUGUCACAUUGUACAUCUUAAAUACA